AUGUCGUCGCGCGCGCCGCCGCCGCCGCCGCCGCCGCCCGCGCGUCGCGUGGACGCGUCCGACGCCGGCGUGGCGCGCCUGCGCGAGGACGUCGCGCGCGCGGAGCGUCGCGUCCGCGACGAGACGCGCGAUAUCGCGCGCGAGGCGAACGCGCUCGCGACGCGCGGAGGCGCGCGCGCGAGCGGCGCGGAGACGCGCGCGGCCGCGGACGCGCUGUCGCGCCGCGCGGUCGACGCGAGCGACGCGCUCGCGCGCGAUAUCGCCACCGUCGCCGCGUCCGUCGACGCGUGGGCGCGCCAUCUCGUCGCCGCGAAGACGCGAGCGUCGCCGUCGCCUUCGCCGUCGCGCGCGAACAGCCCCACGGGCGUCCUCGCGCGCGUCGAGUCCGAGGACACCUUAUCGGACGACGCGUCGGCGUCGUCUCACUCCUCCUCCUCUUCCUCCGUCCCGUCCUCCCCUUCGUCCGACCCCGCGGUCGCGCUCGCGGCCGCGGUCGAGCUCCUCGGCGCGCUUCGAUCGCUGAACGUCCUGUUCGAGCGCGUCGUCGUCGCGAUCAGCGCCGCGCACGUCGCCGCGAGGGCGGAGGACGCCGCGCGGGGAGAGGGAGGAGAGCGCGGCGAUGACGAAAACGAAAACGAAAACGGCGUCGAGUGGGAGCCGCCGAGCAGGCGCGUUCUCCUUGCACUGGUCCCCAUACGACCUUUCACGCGGAAGACGGUAAAAUAUUGGGUCGACGUCCGCGACGUGCUGCGCGUGAAGCUCGCCGUCGCGCGUCACCUGCCGCUGCUCGUGUACGACGGCAAGAAGGGGAAGAAGAAGGGGAAGAAGAAGGGAAAGAAGAACGGAACGACGCGCGGGGAUGAGGGCGGGGACGGGGACGGGGACGGGGACGGGGAUGAAAUUUUCCCGCCGCGCGACGGCGGGAAAAUAACCUCGGCGUACUUUGACUCCGAGACGCUGGACGUGUACAAGAUCCGCCUCGCGCGCGAGCAAGGCGCGACGCUCGUGCGCGCGCGGUGGUACGGCGACGACGCGGACGUCUCCGGCGUCUACGGCGACGCCGCGGCCGCGCGCGACGACGACGACGACGACGACGACGACGACGACGACGACGUGUUUCUCGAGCGAAAAUCGCACCACGAGUCGUGGAGCGUCGACGACAGCGUCAAAGAACGGUUCAAGCUCGCGCGACGCGAGCUCGCGGGCUUUAUCUCCGGCGUGAUCGACCCGAGCGCGAGGUUCGCGAGCGACGCGAGCGCGCGCGCGCUCGCGACGGAGAUCUCGCGCGACGAGAUCGAAGCGCGGCGCCUGACGCCGAGCCUGCGCGUGGACUACCGCCGCGCCGCGUUUCAGACGGCGAGCUCGAACGCGAUUCGCGUGUCGCUGGACACGGAGCUCGCGUUCACGGACGCGCGAAGAAGAAGACCUACGCGGACGACGACCCUAAACCCUAACAUCUCUAACCCUAAAGCAGCGGCCGCGGUCGAGUUCCCGCACGCGGUGCUCGAGGUGAAGCUGCACGAGGGGGAAAAGUGCGAGUGGAUCGACGAGGCGCUGCGCGCCGCGCCGGCGUCGACGGAGGUGUACAAAUUUUCGAAAUUUCUCCACGGAACCGUCGCGACGCGCGGGGGGGUGAACGAUGAAACCCCCGGCGGAGGGGCGUUUCUGUGGCGAAUUCCGCACUGGUUCGACGACGACGUCGCGCGCGCGCACGAGGAGCGGGCGCGCGCGAGAGACACGCUCGAGCGCGCGUUGCUCACGCGAACGAAGUCGGCGACGGCGGCGACGACGACGGCGACGGCGACGCGCGCGGUCGAGCCGUCCGACGGAGGGUCGGGCGGCGAAGACGACCACGUCGUCGUGCACGUCGUCGCCGACGGCGAACAGCGCGUCGGCGUCGUCGGCGUCGGCGGCGGCGAGCGUCUUCUUCCAUCCGCGGCGGCGCAGUCGUCGGACGCGAUUCCGUCCGACCCGUCCGCCGCCGCGCCCGGGGCCGCGCCGGAGCGAGUCGUCGCCGCCGCCGCCGCCGUUGAGCACUUCAGACCGUCGUUUCUCCGACCGCGGCCGUCGGAUCCGCCGCCACCGCGCAACGGGAGCGGCUCCGACGGCCUCGCCGCGGGCCGUCGUCGUCACGUUCCGAUCAAAGUCGAGCCGAAGACUUUUUUCGCCAACGAGCGGACGUUGCUUCAGUGGCUCUCCAUGUCCGUCCUCCUCCUGUUGGCGUCUCUCGCGCUCCUCGCGCUGGACGGCGGCGUCGACGGUGGACUCCCCGGAGCGUCGAUGCCGUCGGCGGCGAGCGAAGCGAGCGGGGAUUCGAGCGCGAGCGCCGCGCCGCCGCCGCCGCCGCGUCGGAGCGCGGAUCAGGCGCGUUCCAUCUCACACUGGUCCCCAUACGACCGCGUCGGCGUGCUCGCCAGCGCGGUCUGCGGCGCGAUCCUCGCCCCCGUCGCCAUCUCCUUCAUGGCGUACGCGCUGCUGACGUACCUGUGGCGGUCGCGGAGGAUCGCGCGGAGGGAGCCGAGCGCGAGGUACGACGACACGUGGGGACCCGCGGCGUUGACGGGCGCGCUCGUGAUCGUCUCCGUCGCCGCGGUGUCGUUUUCAAUCGCCGCGCACUUUCGAUGA